GAAGAGUUGCACUGUGGCCGCGGCAGAUUGAAGCCGAGCGAGAACCUCAGCGGCUGCGAAGAUGGGAGACUCCAAAGUGAAAGUGGCGGUCCGGAUCCGGCCCAUGAACCGAAGAGAAAUCGACUUGCAUACUAAAUGUGUGGUGGAUGUAGACACAAACAAGGUUAUUCUUCAUCCUAUGAAUACUAAUCUUUCCAAAGGAGAUGCCCGGGGCCAGCCAAAGGUAUUUGCUUAUGAUCAUUGUUUCUGGUCUAUGGAUGAAUCUGUCAGAGAAAAAUAUGCAGGUCAAGAUGAUGUCUUCAAGUGCCUUGGGGAGAAUAUUCUUCAGAAUGCCUUUGAUGGCUACAAUGCUUGUAUCUUUGCCUAUGGACAAACUGGAUCUGGAAAGUCUUAUACCAUGAUGGGCACAGCUGACCAACCUGGAUUAAUCCCAAGGCUUUGCAGUGGCCUCUUUGAACGAACUCAGAAAGAGGAAAAUGAAGAGCAGAGUUUUAAAGUAGAAGUGUCCUACAUGGAAAUUUAUAAUGAAAAAGUUAGAGACCUUCUUGAUCCCAAAGGAAGCCGGCAAACUUUAAAAGUCAGAGAACAUAAUGUGCUGGGACCGUAUGUGGAUGGACUUUCUAAACUGGCUGUUACAAGUUACAAGGAUAUCGAGUCCUUGAUGUCUGAGGGUAACAAAUCUCGUACAGUUGCUGCAACCAAUAUGAAUGAGGAAAGUAGCCGAUCACAUGCAGUCUUCAAAAUCACCCUCACACAUACUUUGUAUGAUGUGAAGUCUGGGACAUCUGGAGAGAAAGUGGGCAAACUGAGCUUGGUUGAUUUAGCUGGCAGUGAAAGAGCAACAAAAACCGGAGCUGCAGGUGACAGGCUGAAAGAAGGGAGCAACAUUAACAAGUCUCUCACAACUCUUGGUUUAGUUAUCUCGGCCCUUGCAGAUCAGGGUGCUGGCAAAAAUAAGAAUAAAUUUGUUCCAUAUCGUGACUCUGUUCUCACCUGGCUGCUCAAAGACAGUCUUGGGGGUAACAGCAAGACAGCUAUGGUAGCAACUGUGAGUCCUGCAGCUGAUAACUAUGAUGAAACUCUUUCAACUCUGCGGUAUGCCGAUCGAGCCAAGAACAUUGUUAACCAUGCUGUGGUGAAUGAGGACCCCAAUGCACGCAUUAUCCGGGAUCUUCGAGAAGAAGUAGAAAAACUCCGAGAGCAGCUAACCAAGGCAGAGGCAAUGAAGUCUCCAGAGUUAAAAGACCGACUGGAAGAAUCUGAGAAGCUAAUCCAGGAAAUGACUGUGACCUGGGAGGAGAAAUUAAGGAAAACUGAGGAGAUUGCACAGGAGCGACAGAAACAGCUUGAGAGCCUGGGGAUAUCUCUUCAGUCUUCAGGAAUCAAAGUUGGGGAUGAUAAAUGUUUCCUUGUUAAUUUGAAUGCUGAUCCUGCCCUCAAUGAACUCCUGGUUUACUAUUUAAAGGAACAUACAUUGAUAGGAUCAGCAAAUUCCCAGGAUAUCCAACUAUGUGGAAUGGGAAUUCUUCCUGAACAUUGCAUUAUAGACAUCACAUCAGAAGGCCAGGUUGUGCUUACACCUCAAAAGAACACCAGAACAUUUGUGAAUGGCUCUUGUGUCUCCAGUCCUAUACAACUACACCAUGGAGACAGGAUAUUAUGGGGAAACAACCACUUCUUCAGACUCAAUUUGCCUAAAAAGAAAAAGAAAGCAGAAAAAGAGGAUGAGGAACAUGAAAACUCUAUGAAGAAUGAUAGCAGCUCUGAGCAGCUGGAUGUAGAUGGAGAUUCCUCCAGUGAGGUGUCCAGUGAAAUUAACUUUAAUUAUGAAUAUGCCCAGAUGGAAGUCACCAUGAAGGCGCUUGGGAAUAAUGAUCCAAUGCAGUCAAUAUUGACCAGCCUGGAGCAACAGCAUGAAGAAGAAAAGCGAUCUGCAUUAGAGCGCCAGAGGAUAAUGUAUGAACAUGAAUUGGAGCAGCUACGAAGAAGGCUAUCUCCUGAGAAACAAAACUAUCGUAGUAGCAUGGACAGGUUCUCUGUCCACUCUCCCAGUGCUCAGCAACGUUUAAGACAGUGGGCUGAGGAGAGAGAAGCAACACUGAACAAUAGCCUGAUGAGGUUGAGGGAACAGAUUGUUAAGGCCAAUCUCUUGGUGAGAGAAGCUAGUUACAUUGCAGAAGAACUGGAUAAAAAAACAGAAUAUAAAGUUACCCUACAGAUUCCAGCCUCCAGCCUCGAUGCUAAUAGAAAGAGAGGCUCUCUUCUUAGUGAACCUGCAAUCCAAGUGAGAAGAAAAGGAAAAGGAAAGCAGAUUUGGUCUUUGGAAAAACUGGAUAACAGGUUGUUGGACAUGAGAGACCUUUAUCAGGAAUGGAAAGAGUGUGAAGAAGAUUCCCCAGUCAUACGGUCUUACUUCAAGCGUGCUGAUCCAUUCUAUGAUGAACAGGAAAAUCACAGUCUCAUUGGGGUGGCCAAUGUCUUCCUUGAGUCCCUUUUCUACGAUGUGAAGUUACAGUAUGCUGUUCCAAUUGUCAAUCAGAAAGGAGAGGUGGCAGGUCGGCUGCAUGUGGAGGUGAUGCGCAUCAGUGGUGCAAUUGGGGAAAGAAUUGCAGGCGGUGAUGAUACUGCAGACAUUCCCUGUGAUAAAGAAACCCAGGAGAACAAACUUGUAUGUAUGGUUAAAAUAUUACAAGCUACUGGGUUGCCACAGCAUCUGUCCCACUUUGUAUCCUGCAAAUAUAACUUCUGGGAUCAACAGGAACCAGUCAGAGUUGCACCUGAAGUAGAUACCUCAUCUUCCCCUGUCAGUAAGGAACCUCAGUGCAUGGUGGUCUUUGAUCAUUGUAAUGAGUUUUCUGUUAACAUUACUGAAGAUUUUAUUGAGCAUCUUUCAGACGGGGCAUUGGCAAUUGAAGUAUAUGGCCAUAGGAUGACAGAUCCUCGGAAAAACCCAGCCCUGUGGGAUUUGGGCAUUAUACAAGCAAAAACACGUAGUCUCCGGGACAGAUGGAGUGAAGUCACCAGGAAAGUAGAAUUCUGGGUUCAAAUCCUGGAACAGAACGAGAAUGGUGAAUAUUGUCCUGUAGAAGUGAUUUCUGCCAAGGAUGUGCCAACAGGAGGUAUUUUCCAGCUCCGGCAGGGGCAAUCCCGGCGCAUUCAAGUUGAAGUGAAGUCUGUACAGGAGUCUGGCACUUUACCACUAAUGGAAGAAUGUAUAUUGUCGGUUGGCAUUGGAUGUAUAAAAGUUAGACCUCUCAGAUCCCCCAAAACUCAUGAGACUUUUCAUGAAGAAGAGGAAGACAUGGACAGCUACCAGGACAGGGAUUUAGAAAGACUACGCAGAAAAUGGCUGAAUGCAUUAACAAAACGUCAGGAAUACUUAGAUCAACAACUACAAAAGCUUGUCAGCAAACUUGAUAAAACAGAGGAUGAUGCUGACCGUGAAGCUCAACUGCUAGAGAUGAGGCUGACUCUAACUGAGGAAAGGAAUGCAGUAAUGGUCCCCUCUGCUGGCAGUGGGAUUCCAGGGGCUCCAGCAGAAUGGAUUCCAGUCCCUGGAAUGGAAACACACAUUCCUGUUAUAUUCCUUGACUUAAAUGCUGAUGAUUUCAGCUCUCAGGAUAAUCUUGAUGACCCAGAAGCUGGUGGAUGGGAUGCAACCCUUAGUGGGGAAGAAGAAGAAGAGUUCUUUGAACUUCAAAUUGUAAAACAACAUGAUGGAGAGGUGAAAUCAGAAGCCUCCUGGGACUCUGCAGUACAUAAUUGUCCUCAACUCAGUAAAGGCACUCCUUCAGAUGAGCGACUGUUUCUCAUUGUGCGAGUGACAGUCCAGCUCAGCCAUCCCGCUGACAUGCAGUUGGUAUUACGAAAACGAAUUUGUGUCAAUGUUCAUGGCCGGCAGGGUUUUGCUCAGAGUCUUCUAAAAAAGAUGUCUCAUCGAAGUUCUAUUCCUGGCUGUGGAGUCACUUUUGAAAUUGUUUCCAAUAUUCCAGAGGAUGCCCAGGGAGUAGAGGAACGAGAAACAUUAGCAAGAAUGGCAGCUAACGUUGAAAACCCAGCUUCUGCUGACUCAGAGGCUUAUAUUGAAAAAUACCUCAGAAGCGUGCUGGCUGUGGAAAACCUUCUUACUUUAGACCGUCUUCGCCAGGAAGUUGCGGUGAAGGAACAGUUAACUGGAAAAGGGAAGUUGAAUAGGAGGAGUAUUAGCUCUCCAAAUGUUAACAGAUUAUCAGGAAGCCGACACGAUCUUACUCCAUCAUACAGUCUAGGCAGCAACAAAGGUCGCUGGGAAAGUCAACAGGAUGUAUCCCAAACGGUGCUUUCCAGAGGAGUAGCUCCAGGCUCCACAUCACUUUCUGGUUGUCCUCAAAAUAAUCAUUCUCCUGAUCCAGGAUUUAGUAACUUAGCAGUCUCCUUCUUGAAUCCAGUAAAAUCCUUUGUGCCACAGAUGCCAAAGCUGCUUAAGUCUCUUUUUCCUGUCCGAGAUGAAAAAAGGGGCAAACAGCUAUCUCCUCUUGCACAUCAGCCCGUGCCCCGAAUCAUGGUGCAGUCUGCCUUCCCAGACAUUGGGGUGACCCGGAUGGAAGAGGUAAAUCCAGAGAGGGAAAGCGACUGUGUGCUGAAGACCUGGGGGAUUCCAUCUGUGGUGAAGAUUGGUGACAGAUCAGCUAAAGUGCCUUCUCCGCAGACACUUCUUGCAAACACCCAGGCCCAAGAAGUUCCAGAAGGUCUACCCAGUCCCCUGAGUGAAGCCUCCAGCGGUUACUUUUCUCACAGCAUUUCCACAGCAACUCUUUCAGAUGCGCUGGUCACUGGCCUAGAUGCUGCUGCCCAGGCUGCCCCCAGCUCCCCUCUGACUCCUCCAGCUCCCUGCACGGAGCCAGAUGUCUCCGGACCACAGUUGCCUCCUGAUCUCCUUUCUCAGUCACCUGCUCCAACAUCUCCAUUCAGAAUCCAGAAGGUGCGAACCUCUGAGCUGAAGUCUUUCACACGCAUGCUUGGUGGCGACUCUAGCUGCUCCUCUGGCACUGAGGAAGAGCAGCUGGCCUCAGGAGACUUAGGGGACAGCAGCUCCCAGGGACAGGCCUUGGAAAAACUGGAAGUUACAUCAGACUCUGAAGAAGCCAGUGAAAUCCCAGAGUGGCUCAAAGAGGGAGAAUAUGUUACCGUUGGCACGAACAAAAUGGGCAUCGUGAGAUAUAUUGGGCCAACUGACUUUCAGGAGGGGACCUGGAUUGGAGUAGAACUAGAUUUACCUUCAGGUAAGAAUGACGGUUCGAUCGGCGGGAAGCAGUACUUCAAGUGCAACCCGGGCUAUGGGCUCCUGGUGAAGCCCAGUCGCGUGCGUAGGGCUACAGGAGCGGCCCGGCGACGAAGCGCCGGCCUCCGGCUGCAGGGUGCGGCCCCUGAGGCCCGCAGGAGCGCCCCCCUCUCGGGCUCGGCCACCAACCUGGCCUCCCUAACGGCGCUGGCCAAAGCCGAGGGCGGCGCAGCCCUUCGGGCUGAGAGAAGCCAGAGGAGCGCUGAGAACCGCAAGUCCUGGGCCAGCUAG